AUGGGUGAGGCCUCGGAUGCCAGCUCAGAAAAGUUGUUCAAUACAGUCACAAACAAAGAUACAGACUUAGGAGUUGUUACGCUAACAGAAAAUGAAGAUCAAGAGGCCAGGUCUUUGGCUCUCCCCAAAAUAUCAGGAUUAGAACGGAGCCAAGAGAAGAGUCAGGACGGUGGAAAAGAGCCAUCGCUUGACCCUGUUGUGCCUCAGGAUCUUUGUCCUCAAGUUUCGCAGCCUUUGGCCCCACCUCGUUUGGAGCCACCAACGGAGGCACGUUCUCCAGAGCCUGCUGGUGUCCACCCUGCUCGCUCCUCCUAUUCGGAAGCCCCAGAGAAGCAACCAGCUUUGGAAGAGGCCCAGUUUCCCACCGUUCCUCCUUCCCAAAUACAACAUCCACCGAGACCUCCCUCUCCUGGGCAGCCGGCACAUCCAAACUUACCACCUUCUCAGCUGCGUCCUCCCUCCCGUAGCCUUGCACAACAGUUGUCGACUUACAACAGCAGCAGUUUAAGCCUCAACAGCUUGAGCAGCAGCAGAAGCAGCACCCCAGCCAAAAGUCAACCCCCUCCUCCCCCUCCGCCUCAUCCCCCCAUAGCUCAUCACCCCUCGGCAUCCCCCUUCCCUCUCUCUUUACCCAAUCACAGCCCCCUUCAUAACUUCACACCUGCCCUCCAGCCUUCUAAUCACACCCAUCACCCCAAUAUGUUUGCCCCUCCCACGGCAUUGCCUCCUCCUCCUCCUCUGACAUCGGGGACAUUACAAGUUCCAGCUCAUCCCGCUGGCACUGCUUACUCAGAGCAAGAUCUUCUCCGCCAGGAGCUGAACACUCGGUUUCUGGCUUCCCAGAGCGCCGAUCGUGGCGCCUCGCUGGGCCCACCACCCUACCUGAGGACCGAGUUCCACCAACACCAGCACCAACACCAGCACACACACCAACACACGCACCAGCACACCUUCACGCCUUUUCCUCACGCCAUCCCUCCAACAGCCAUCAUGCCAACGCCAGCACCUCCCAUGGUGCGUAAUCCAGGCAGAAAUGUGAGGAUAAGUAGCGCGCAGACUUCUUUUGUUGCAAAGUAUAUCGUGACAGCUACAAAUAAUAAUCACAACAGCAAAGAUGUUUGUGGAGUCAUGGGAGAAAAGACUGAAAGGCAUUUGGGACCCUCUGGACAGUUCCCCUUUGCAAUGGGGAAGGGUCUUGAGGUAAAGGGACUCCCAUGUUUGACAGAUCCAUUCAGGCCCAUGUUGAGGAAACCAGGCAAAUGGUGUGCUAUGCAUGUUCAUAUUGCUUGGCAGAUAUACCACCAUCAACAGAAAGUCAAGAAACAGAUGCAGUCUGAUCCCCACAAAUUGGAUUUUGGUUUGAAACCUGAAUUUCUGAGCAGACCUCCAGGUCCCAGUCUUUUUGGGGCCAUCCAUCAUCCUCAUGACUUAGCCCGGCCAUCAACUCUUUUCUCAGCAACCAGUGCCGCCCAUCCUGCCGGUCCUACGUUUGGCCCUCCCCCGCACCACAGCAACUUUCUCAACCCUGCAGCCCAUUUAGAGACUUUUAAUCGGCCCACGACGUUCACCAGCCUUGCAGCCAUGAGCAGCAAUGCCUUCGGGGGACUUGGCAACCAUGCCGUUACACCCAAUGCUAUGUUUGGCCACAAGGAUUGUCCCGGCAUGCAAAGCUAUAGUAACCCACACGAGCCUUGGAAUCGUCUGCACCGAACGCCUCCUUCGUUUCCAACUCCACCACCCUGGCUGAAGCCAGGUGAGCAGGAACGCAGCGCGUCCGCUGCAGCUCAUGAACGAGACAGAGAUGUAGAUAAAGGAGAUGCUUCUCUUAGUAAAGAUGACAAAGAAAGGGAGACUGUUGAGAAAAGACACUCAAGCCACCCUUCACCAGCAUCUAUCCAUUCUGUGAGUUCCCUCGGACACAGCCGCAGCUCAGUUGAACAGAUGAGGAGCCACCUGAACUCAGAAGCUCGUGAAAAAGAGAAGUCCAAAGAGCGGGAGAGGGAUCAUCCAGAACCACGGAAGGAAAUCAGUGCCGAUGAGCCACACAAGGCAAAGGACAACUACAUUUCAGACAAGGAAAGCGUGAGCCACGAUAGCAGAUCGUUGGAAGAAUCUAAGCAAGCAUCUCAGGUGCCUUCACCCUUCACCAGGACACCUGUAGCAGAAAGCACCAGACCGAACAGCAACUCGAGUCGGGAUGCUGAGAAGAAGAGUGAACCUACCUAUGAGAACCUGAAAAAAUCGAGCGAGGUCAAAGUGAAAGAGGAGAGGAAGGAAGAUCACGACAUUUCUCCGGAAACACCACAAACACACCGGCCUUCUGAGCAGCCACCAUCCAUGCCCACAUCCAGUGUCCAUCCAGGCUCUUUAGCGUCCAUGCCCAUGACGGUGGGCGUCACUGGCAUCCACCCCAUGAACGCCAUCAGCGGUCUGGAUAGGACUCGCAUGAUGACCCCUUUCAUGGGCAUUAGCCCAAUCCCGGGGGCCGAACGCUUCCCAUACCCUUCAUUCCACUGGGACCCCAUGAGAGAUCCCUUGAGGGAUCCCUACAGAGAUUUAGACAUCCACCGGAGAGACCCUUUGGGUAGGGAGUUUCUCCUGAGGAACGAUCCGCUGCACCGCCUCUCCACACCCAGGCUCUACGAGGCAGAGAGAUCUUUCAGGGACCGAGAGCCACAUGACUAUAAUAAUCAUCACCACCACCCUCUUUCUGUUGACCCGCGCCGUGAGCACGAAAGAGGAGCACACCUGGACGAGAGGGAAAGGUUGCACAUGCUCCGAGAGGACUACGAGCAUGUACGGCUUCACUCUGUGCACCCGGUGGCGCUGGAUGGUCAUUUGGCUCAUCCAAGUCUCCUUACUCCAGGACUUCCUAGUAUGCAUUACCCUCGGGUCAGCCCCCCGUCAGGACUUCAGAAUGGCAUCCUCAAUAAAACUCCUCCCACAGCGGCCCUGAGUGCUCCUCCCCCUCUCAUUUCCACCCUCGGACCUCGUCCUGGUUCCCCCCGAAGGACUACCCCUUUGUCGACAGAAAUGAGGGACAGGCCGCCUUCACACACUCUCAAGGACAUCGAAGCGCGAUAAGUAAUGGCCGAACAUACAUCCAAGUGAGAGAACAAUUAGACAAACAGAUCUUCUUACUCAAUAAAUGUAGACUUUGGUAAUGACCCAGCUGUAUAAGAUGUACACACCCAGAUGUACUAAGGUUUUUCUUUUCUUUCUUGGUUUGUUUUUUCCAAAAAAAUAAUAAUAAUGGUUGGGUUGUGUGUUAUAUGUUGAAAAAAAAAGUUUUCAGAACCUUUUAGACAAAUUGGCACAUUUUCUACGUAAAUGCUCUUUCUUUCUUACUGUUCCUAACAGAACAAGAUGUAAGGCAGUAUUUCAUCUCCCCCUCAAAGUUGUCCCUCUUUCCACCUUUCUGUCUCUCUCUCUCUCUCUUCAUUCUCUCCAAGUUGAAAUGAAGAAAAAGUAGAAUCCCUUUAUUUUACUUUUUUUUUUUUUCUACCCUGUAAGAGAGUUGUUGAAAAUAACAUUAUUUCGUGGGUUAGUGGGUCAUAUAUGCAACAUGGGUGAGACGAAAGCUUUACUUUGUAAAUAUGUACAUAGGGGGAAAAAAAGAAUAAGUAACAUAAUGCAUUGCUACUUCUUAAACUGUGCUCUUUGCAGACUUUAAUUGUGUGAAAGACCGCAGACCUGCGGUACAUCUAAUGUCAUAAGACAGCUAAACCCCUUCAGCUAUGCAAUUAAUUUUUGAGGUUUUUCACAAAAGCCUCUUUAACUCAAAGGAGCCUUGUCAACACACACAACCACACACAAAGUCAUACUUUCCCUGAACAAACUCACAUAACCCUGAAACCUUUUGGAUGAAGAAAUAAGUCAUCUUCAUCUUCAACAAAUUAGAGCUUGGAUUGCUCCUAUUGUUCGUUUUUCCUACCUAUUUUUUUUUUAAAAAAACCCUUUUGCUAGCUAGUGUUGUUCCUUUUUCAUUAUUUAAUUUGAAAAAAAAAUGUUGUACAAUGUUAGAUUACAUCCAGCCUCUUCAUUGCUGUUCCUGGGUCACUGUGAAUCAAACUUUAAAACUUAGAAGUAGACCAUUUUUUCUGAAAGCCAUUUAGAGGAGCCAAACAAACUCUGAAUUUAACUCCCAAGAAUCCAGCCAGCAUUAUUGCCUGGACUGUCCUUCUCUUUAGGUCUUAUAAAAUGUGAGGAAUGGGUAAGAGACUCACAAUUUGCUCCCCCACUUCCAGGUUUUUGGCCAGAUUACAACUUUGAAUUAAGAACUAUGGAAAUUAUGAAAUAAAUGAGAAAUUACUAUGUUAAUUUCAAUGUUAUCAAAUGAAGCAAUUGUCCUGACUUUGCCUAUUUGGUCAUCCUUGUUUCAUGCAACAUAUAGAGUAUAAGCCAGGGAUCUCCAAAGUUGGCAACUUUAAGACUUGUGGACUUCAACUCCCAGAAUUCCCCAGACAGCAUGACUGGCUGUGGAAUUCUGGGAGUUAAAGUCCACAAGUCUAAAGUUGACUGGCUGAGGAAUUCCGGGAGUUAAACUUACCAAGUCUUAAAGUUGCCAACUUUGGAGACCCCUAUUAUAAACAAUGAUUUCUCUAAGUGACAAAACGAGUGUCAUGAAACAAGACUGACACUUAUAUAGGCUAAUCUGCCCAGUGGGGUUAGAAAAGGCAAGAUGGUAGUCACAACAUGAUCAAUGCCCAGCUUAUUUUUUAAAAAAACUUUUGCUUUAUGAAGCAAAAGUUAUGAAAUGCCUGUAAAAAUAGGCCGGACUUUGAUCAUGCAGUCACAGCUGCCAUUUGACUUCCUAACCUCUCUCCCAGAUGCCCCCAUAGUUACAUGCUUAUACCAGAUUUUGAGGUCAGAGUAGUUAAAGCCCAAUAACAAUAUUUGUACAAGAUCCUAAACGUGGUUCAUAAUCACCUUGGUUAAUUGUUUAGUUUUGUGGUUUAUGAAAAUCCGGUCCAUAGGGUGAGUUUAUAGACUCAAAAACAAAACCUCCAGAUUCUUGCCCCUAAUUCUCUCAUUAAGGUUGGGCAAGCAAGGAAGUGUUACGUAGAGAUGAAUGAUGGGGUUUGUAGUCCAAAAUCUGGUGGGUAAAAUGAUGGGUCUUGGGCGUUGCCUUAGUGGUUCUAGCCACCUCCAAAACUCAGCAAACAAAGGGCACCUGAUGCUUCAAGACUAUUCGCAGAAAUAUCUUCUCUUAUUUUGGCAUCGGUUCGAUCUGAUGGGAAUUGGAGUCCAAAACAACCGCAGUACACCAUGUUGCCUGUAUUGAGUUUAGAGCUGAGCCUUAUAACUUUUCUAAAUGCUAUCUGUUGUAAACCUGAUACCUCUGGUGCUAUAUGGAGUAGGAACUUGGAACGUAAAUAUCUUUGCCAUUUGGGAGAAAGAAUCACUGAUUUUGGGGUCAGGUACCAAUUUUCUUAACCCUUUUCCUGCAUUCAGACUCUAGUUGAACAUCCAUUAACAUAGGCAUAAGCCUUGUUAUAAGGAUGCACCUCUGACUAGGCGAAGAAGUCUGCUAUUAGCUCUUCAGAUACGUUGGUAAGACAGUACACUUAGGUUAAUAUUUUUCCACCAUCCCAUCAUUGUAGGGGUGAGCAGUAGAGGACCAUGGCAACAUGUUGGCUGUAUCCCCCUCUGGGAAUCCACAGGAGCACCAUGAAUAUUCCAGAAGCGAGAAAAGGCUUAAAUUUCAUGAGAUCAAAUAGGUUAGGAGAUGUCAAUGAUCUCAUUUGAAAUUUCAUGCAUUUUCAGGUGAGAAGAUUGGAGCCUUAGAAGAUGUGGAUGGAGGUGUGUAAGAAUCCUAAAAUUGCUUGAAAUUGGUACUCCCAAGAGGUUUGGGCCAUUUUAAAAAGGAUACUCUGCUUGAUUUUUGGGGUGUGCAUCCCAUUAUAGGUAGUCCUUGACUUACAACCAUUUGCUUAGUGACCAUUCAAAGUUAACAGCGGCACUGAGACAAGUGACUGAUGAUUAUUUCUCACACUUACAACCAUUGCAGCAUCCUUAUAGUCAUGUGAUCAA